AGCAGUGUCAGUUGUCAUGGUGUAAUCUGUUGUUAAUUGACGUUUAGAAUGUUUACAGAGGAAUUUCUUUAAUUAUUAAAACAAAUGUUUAUAUUUGUGACCCAAUGAUGAUAAAGUAUGUAACAGAAACAUAUCAGCAAUGAACAGGACUUACUAUCAUUCAUUCGAAUUUAAUACAGAUAAAAUCAUUCAGAACUCGUCAAACCUGAAAAAUAUUUCAUAAGAGAAAAAGCAAUGAGAAAUUUAUUUACCAAGGUUGAUAGCAUAUUUAGCAAAACAAACUAAACAAAUAUCUGAUUUUUAUAUACUAUGUGUUAUACAGAUAAAUUAACUAGCAAAAAUGGAUGAUUACAAAUUCCUUUUCAAAGUCGUUUUAGUCGGGAACGCAGGCGUUGGAAAAACGUGUCUUGUGCGGCGUUUCACACAAGGACUUUUUCCACCUGGCCAGGGUGCUACCAUAGGAGUGGAUUUCAUGAUUAAAACUGUUGAAGUUGGGAAUGAAAAAGUAAAAUUACAGAUAUGGGAUACUGCUGGUCAGGAACGGUUCAGGUCAAUUACCCAAAGCUAUUACAGGUCUGCUCAUGCCCUUAUAUUAGUGUACGAUAUUUCUUGCCAGCCCACAUUUGACUGCUUACCAGAUUGGUUGCGAGAAAUCGAAGAGUAUGCUAGCAGUAAGGUAUUACGUGUGCUUGUUGGUAACAAAAUAGAUAGAGAAGAUAGAGAAAUACCAGCUCAUGUUGGCGAAGAAUUUGCAGAAAGACACAAUAUGUACUAUCUGGAAACUUCGGCAAAAGAAUCAGACAAUGUAGAAAAACUGUUCAUGCAAAUAGCGGAAGAUUUGAUGAAGCAAGCCAGAAGUAAAGAUCUUCCAAGGUAUAAUUCUAACAGCCAAAAUCUUAAUGGCAGAACUUCAACAAUCAGCGACUCUAGUUGUUGUAGCAAACUCAACUAGGUCUGAAUUGCAUCUUUCUAGUACUAAUUUUUUUUUUUCAUUUCAUAAAGGUGCUAGUUUACUUUUUUAGGUAUCUCUUAAUAGCUACUUAUUGUUACUACUAGUCAAGAGGAAGAGGAUGUUAUUUGUUGAAUUUUAACUUUGUUGUAGCUGUCUAUUAUAACGAAUUAUUAAGUAUAUUCGAAAAAACUUUUUUAUAGUGCUUCCCGCUUGGAUAUCAGAUCAAAAUUUAGUGAACAACUUUUUUGUAGCUCUUUUUGGUUCAAAUAUUUUUAAGUUGCUCAGUCAACUGUGUAAAGACUUUUUUAAAACUGAGCUUUACCUCAGCAGCAGUUCCUCAUAACAUCAGUGUUGAUUGUAGAAUUACAAACUAUAGUUUUGUUUCUGCAAUUUUCGUAUUGUUUUUCAACUGUGUCAAUUGUAAAGUCAGUUUAAUUUAUUACUUCACUAUUACUAUUAUGGCAGCUAGUUGGGUGAUUAUAGAUUUAUCAUAUUUUUAUAUUUAUUUACAUUUUUUUAGAAUUCGGUUAGCAGGGCCAAGUACUUAAUAUUUUUUAUAUUUCAUGAUAAGAAAUAAUUCUUAUUAUUUGUGUGGUAGUGUGGUUCCAGGUAUGUGCAACAUAAUUAUAAUUAUCCAGUACCUUCCGUAAGAGCAUUGAUUCAAGUAUUGACUAUACCACAUCAAUAAGUAAAAAUUAUUAAACCAAUAAGUUGGUCUCAAUCCAAUUGUUAAUAUUCUAAAUGUUAAUAAAAAACCUAGCAAGUGCAAUUUUGUAUCCUGUUUUGUAGUUUUCAUUGGAUGGCACUAAUCUGAACAUUUUUUUGAAAAUUUCUUUGGUUUGAAUUCGGUCUUGUCAAAAAAUAAGUGAAUCGGAGACAAGAACAAAUUUAAUCUGGUAGAUCAUACGAGAUUGGUAUUUCAUUUGGAGCACAUGUAAUUUUUCUGAGUUGGCUUCUCUUUGUAUUUAAACUCAAAAAUGGGCAAUACACACAACAUCUACAUAUGACAGCUAACGCUAAUGGCAAAUAUAACACAGUAGCCAACUCAGAAAAUAUACUUAUGCUACAAACAAAAGCCUCAUUGAUAUAGAUGAUAAAAAAAAUAUAAUGAAAAUGACUUUCAAAUAGCGAAUGAAAAUAAAAAAUGGAUAAUAAAAACAUCAUGUAUGCAUUAAAACUGACACUAAUGAUAGAUACAUAGAGUCGCCAACGUAGGAGGAACAAUGCAGGUACUCCAAACGAAAUUCUCAUCUGAUAUGAUCUAUUGGCAAGAAUCUUUCAAAAUAGUGUAUAAACAACAUAUUGAGGUCCUCAUCUAAAUUCAUUUUUGUAAUGAACAAAAAUGUUAAAAUGUGUCUGUGUAUUGAAUUGAUCUAUAAAAAUUAUUCCAACUUGAAAUUUUCUGCAUAUUCUCGCAAUGAUUCAGAUAAUAUUUUAAUUUUGGAAGAUUAGAAAAUUCAGUUUUUUUAAAAUUGAGGAAUUAUUUGUUAUGUAUUUUUCAAAUUAUAUCUCUUGCAAAAGCAAAUAAUUAUCUGAAGCUUGCGUAGUAAAAUUGUAUAUACUAACAUGAAUAAGGCUGGAUCUUCAAAACAAAAAAAUAUACAAAAUAUGGUUUUAUGAUGAAAAGGCAAAUUCAUAUCAAAAGAAUUCUUCAAUAAAUGUGAUUUUCGUUACAGUGGCAUCAAAAGUCAAUACUAGCUCUAUAAGAAAGUCGGGCAAUAACUUUUGUGUUGGCAGAAUUGUUAGCCCGCCCGUACACGGACCACAUAUUUGCAGUUGA